ACGAAGUGAAUGUUCAAGGUGGUAUGCAUGAUAUACUUGUUUCCAAGUAUUAUAAGCAUAUUGGAGCCAUAGUUGAACAGUAUAGUAGUCAAGUGAUGGAUUUGAGAGUUAAUGUAUGGAAGAUAGAGUUGGGAGAAAUUGUUGUUGGCAGUACUGUUGAAAGUUUUGAUAAGAUGGCAAGUUUUUUAAGUCCAAUGUGGAGUGCU